AUGAAGUUCAAUAAAGGUCCAGACGGAACACGCCAACAAUUAAAGGCCAGCGAUUUCGACGAUGUCACCAAGGAUUUGCUCACCACUGCCACGUCUAUCUACCGCUGUCUAGUCAUGACUCAGCUUACCAUCCAACUGACCCCUUCUCUCGUCAAAAUGAUGACGAGGCGCACAUCACAAGUGCGCGGGGAGCUUAAAACAAAGAUGCGCAUACUGACGGCCUCGUUCUUUGGCUUCCGUGCAAGCAGAUCUGUACCCGCCAUCAAGCAAAACCGUGACCUGGCUGAGUCUCUCAAGGAAGGAUCGCGUUUUGUUUUUAAGGACUGGGAAAUGAAAUGUGGCAUAUACAAGACCGGAUUAAUCCAGGAGGCGGUGAAUGAUAUGUGGUUCGCAAACCGAAGCGACGAGGGUAUAGUAUAUGCUAAAUACUUCGAUCCUUUACCCGUUCAAACCAUUGCGCUUAUACUCACAGCAGUGAGUGUAUUCAGUGAUUCUGAUGUUCGUACUGCAACUGAGGUCUGA